CUAAAACUAGGUGACAGCAGGGACCGCGACAUGAGACCUCUCGCUCAUUUAUUAUUCGUCACAUUCUGUGGAUGUGUGAGCGCCCUAACAGACGCAGAGAUAGCACUAUUUGUCGCAAGAACUCACAUAGAGACAAAUACUGGUGUUCAAGGAACUGUAUCAGUUACAAUUUCAUCAACAGAUUCAACUGUUAUUGAUUUAUCCAGCAACGGAGUGCCUGAUCACGCAACAGGAACAUUUCCGGGAAAUGGAAAUCCUAAUCCUUUAUCGGUUCAAACAUAUAACUAUAGAAUACCAAAAAAUCCAACACAGGCAUCAACAACAACUUGUCUACCUCAAGGACCUAUUGGAUUGGCGCUUAACGGAGUACCGAUGUUCAAUCCUUAUAGCAUACAGUGCUGCGAUACAGGAGUUGAAGAGCUUGAUCUUUUUGACUCAUGCAUGGGGCAUCCAGCUCCCCAGCCAGCUGGUGCCUAUCACUACCAUAUUAACCCACAAUGUCUAUUCAAUGUUAUCUGCAACCAGACAUCUACUAUCGUAGGGGUCGCGUUUGAUGGAUUCCCCAUUUACGGACCAAACGACGACGAUGGAACUCAACUUACAAUAAGUGAUCUUGAUGAAUGCAAUGGGAAGGUGACAAACGGCCAAUAUAGAUAUCACAUCACUGCAGAUUUUCCGUACUUUAUGGGAUGUUUCAAAGGAUCAUUACUAAGUGAUUCGGGGAUACAGAGCGGCAAUUGCGAAUGUACUGAAGUAGCCAACCCUUGCACUGAAUUUAACGAAGUUUCUAUAUCCCGCAAGAAAAGGCAGGCAACAUCAACAUCUAGGGUUAGUACGUUUGUUUGCUGUCAAGAUGCUUCAAAUUGUAAUUCAAAUGAAGUCUCCACGUCUACGUCGUCCACAACAACUUCAGCUGCCUCAAUUAGCUUCACGUCGGUGGGAAUACAGAUAGUUGGAAUACUUUAUUUUUCGUUUUUAACGUUGUAAAAAGACUCUUCUGAUAAUAAUAAGUUUUUAAGUUUGUUGACCUUCAAGUUAAUGACCUCCUUAACCAAUUAUUAUGCGAUAGACCAAUUUGACAUAUAAAUAAAAUGAUUGUGUUCCUAUCUACGUUAGUAUUUUUAACGAAUUGUA